GAUGUGAACAGGGUCUUUGUGAAAGGAGGAGAUGGAGGGAACGGGGAAGUUGCCUUCAGGAGAGAAGCUCAUGUCGAUAUGGGAGGCCCGUUUGGUGGAAACGGCGGGAACGGAGGCGACGUGAUCUUUGUAGCCGACGAAGGAGACAACACGCUGGCGCAUGUUCGUUCAUGCUUGCACAUCGUGGCGGAGUGCGGGAGGAGAGGACAGGGGAAAGGAAAAGACUCUCCCGCCGCUCCAGAUACUGAGAUUCGGGUCCCUCUGGGCACUAUCGUCAGAGAUGCGAAAACAGGAGUUCUCAUCGGCGAUCUUCGAACUCCGGGCCAAAAGCUUGUAGUUGCACGUGGCGGAUUGGGGGGAAGGGGGAAUCUAGCGAUGAGAACAGAGAGGGACAGAUGUCCAGGAUUUGCAGAGCUGGGAGAAAAAGCGACUCCAAGAUGGGUUGACUUGCAACUCAAAAUGAUCGCUGAUAUUGGGAUUGUUGGGAUGCCAAAUGCUGGCAAGUCGAGCCUCCUCGCCUCCAUCACCAACGCCAAACCGAAGAUUGCCGACUAUCCUUUCACCACCAUCGUACCCAAUCUUGGAGUCUGCCUUCCUGGAGCUGAGCGGAGGAGCAUUGUGCUUGCAGACAUUCCAGGACUGAUCGAAGGAGCUCACAAUGGUAUUGGUCUCGGUCAAGCAUUUCUUCGCCAUGUUGAGAGAUGCCGAAUUCUUCUUCAUGUCAUCGAUGGAUCGUCAGAGGACCCGAUCAAGAAUUUCAAUUGCAUUCAGAACGAACUCAAGUUGUUCAGUCCCAAACUUGCAGCAAAACCGCAGGUCAUUCUCAUCAACAAGAUGGACUUGCCGUCUGCAAGAGAAAGAUGGCCGACGCUGCAAAAGGAGUUGCAAGAACAGGCAGGGCAUAAGAGAAUCGAUGCAAUCAGCGCAGCUACCUCCACCAACAUCAUGCCCAUCAUGGUUUGCUUCUUGUACUUGCCGCCUGCAGUUUGUCACGAGCAAGAGAAGGUUCGGCUGAGGAGCAUGUUGGACAAGAUGCCUCCUGCUGAACUCGACGAGGAGCUGCAAGAGAAGACAGAGGAAGAGAUCCAAAGAGAGGAGGCGCUCAUGCGGGUGAGAGGAGUAGGAAGAGAGAGAAGGGGAGCAGGAGGGGAAUAG